CACAAGUUAGACGCUUCUUGAAGCUGAUUGGCUGUUCUCCCUAAACAUAGUCAUGUGACAAACAGAAUCAGGAAGAGAACACAAGCGGUCCAGAAUGAGAGCAGCCCUCCUGUGUUUCCUCCUGGUGGCUCCAGUGCUGCUGGUUGCCGGAAGCCCAGUUUAUAAAUCCGACAAUGGGACCGUACCACUGGUGAUCUGGCAUGGGAUGGGCGACAGCUGUUGUAACCCGCUCAGCAUGGGGGCCAUGAAGAAGAUGAUCGAGGAGGAAAUCUCUGGCAUCUACGUGCUCUCACUGAUGAUUGGGAAGAAUGUCAUUCAGGACACAGAAAAUGGGUUUUUCCUGAAUGUGAAUGAGCAGGUGUCCAUGGCGUGCAGUCAGCUGGCCCAGGACCCUCAGCUGAAGGGAGGGUACAACGCCAUGGGCUUCUCCCAGGGGGCGCAGUUUCUGAGAGCCGUGGCUCAGCGCUGUCCCUCUCCACCAAUGAAAAACCUGAUCUCUGUCGGGGGCCAGCACCAAGGAGUGUACGGGCUGCCCCGGUGUCCCGGAGAGAGCUCCCAUAUCUGUGACAUGAUCCGCAAAGCUCUGAACAGCGGAGCUUACAGCGACUUGGUUCAGAAACACCUGGUGCAGGCCCAGUACUGGCACGACCCGCUGAGCGACGACCUGUACAAGAAGCACAGCCUCUUCCUGGCCGACAUCAACCAGGAGAGGGCGGUGAAUGAGACGUACAAGAAGAACCUCCAGCUGCUGGAGAAGUUCGUCAUGGUGAAGUUCCUGCAGGACACCGUGGUGGACCCUGUCGAUACAGAGUGGUUUGGCUUCCUGAAGACUGGACAGGCCAAAGAGACUGAAACUCUACAGGAGAGCCUUCUCUACAAGGAGGAUCGUCUGGGUCUGGCUGCCAUGGACAAAGCUGGAAAGCUGGAUUUUCUUGCGACCAAGGGAGACCACCUGCAGUUCUCCAGAGAGUGGUUCACCGCAAACCUGGUGCCUUAUCUACAGUAAAAACCCUUCCAGUCUGUCAUCUCAGAGACAUAUAAUAGCAGACUAUUCUAUUUUAAGAGCAAUAUAUUGCAAGUUAAGAGUAAAAGCUUACCGACUAAGCAGGGAUUCAGAACUCCCAUAAGCGACCUUGGGUCUCUUGAAAGGCGCUAUAUAAAUGCAAGCUAUUAUUAUUAUAAUCCAUUCCUAUUGCACUGAUUUUGUCGCAUGUUGGUUUUUUUAUGUUGAUUUUAGAAGUUGUUCACAUUUCCACUGUGAGCUGUUAUUAUGAUCAGGUUUUGUUUCCUAAAUGUGAGACUUUUAAUUGUAUUAGUUGUAGGAGCCUAAUGUACAUCAUCUAACAGCCUCUGUACAGAUCAUGUGUUUAAUCCAAUAAAGACAAAGCACAUUA